AUGGAUUUGGCGAGGAGGAUCAUUGAGACCCUGAACGGGCCUGCAGAGGGAUCGAAGCCUCCUCUCCAGUCAUACGGGGACCGCCGACCGCCGACAGCCUCCGAUCUAGCGGUUGAGUGCUUGAAUAUGCUUAACUACUCGAUUCUUCACGGAAGGCGUGCGGGGGCGUCCACUAGGCAUGGGUCGGUGGAGAGCCGCAAUGGGUGUCCUCAUGAUCGGGCUAGGUCAAGACUGUUCGGCUGGAUUUUAAAAUGUAUUUCGGAUACACAUCGCGUCCAGGGACUAGAUUCUUCAUGCCAGCACACUCUUGCUAUGUUUCGAAAGAUGCCGACACUCGUUGUUCACGGUUACAUUGUGUGUCUAGCUUCAUAUAAACCGACGGUCGGCUUCAAGGCUAACAAAGCCGCCCCCAUGAUUCCUUCGCAUCCUUCGGCUUUCUUGCUCAUGGCUCUCACUCGGGCCAUCCAAGUCAUCUUCCUUCAACGCCCAAUUGGGUGCAUUGAACAACGAGUGGCCAUGGAUUUUCAGCUGCAAAACCCAAUCAUUCUUCGCAAAUCGACACUAUUCCCGGGAUGUUGGUCUCCAGUUGGCCCUUUCAGCUCGAUAUCUGAACCGGAUACUGAUCCUGGAUUCGUUGAGUGUCAGUUGCAUUGUGCAUUAGCGUAUGCGCAAAUCAGUGAGAUAAUUCGGCAUUUGCGAAAGGAUGAGUCUGAUGAGACCAUAUUGUUUGUCGUGGUAAAGAUGCUGUUGACGUACUCAGGGGAUUGCAACUCGAGCUGUAUCAUGAGGCUUCACUUGGGGCCGAACUGCGGACUGGUAGACGUAUAA